CUUAACCCUAACGGAAAAAUUCUGACUAUUAAAGCCAUUCUGAUCUCGUCGGCUCCUUACUCCUUAGCAAGCUCAAGGCGGAAACACACAAAGAAACCCUAGAUCCCCGUCGUCCUUUUGUUCGAAAUCAUGUCGAGGAGAAAGACAAGAGAGCCAAAGGAAGAGACAGUGACACUUGGGCCAGCUGUUCGUGACGGAGAGCAAGUCUUUGGUGUUGUCCACAUCUUUGCUUCUUUCAACGACACUUUCAUCCAUGUCACUGAUCUGUCUGGAAGAGAAACACUUGUUCGUAUCACUGGUGGGAUGAAGGUGAAAGCCGACAGAGAUGAGUCCUCACCUUAUGCUGCUAUGCUUGCUGCUCAAGAUGUCGCUCAGCGUUGCAAGGAACUCGGAAUCACAGCCAUGCAUGUGAAGCUUCGUGCCACAGGUGGUAACAAGACCAAGACCCCUGGUCCUGGUGCUCAGUCUGCUCUCAGAGCCCUUGCCCGUUCUGGCAUGAAAAUUGGUCGCAUUGAGGAUGUGACUCCAAUCCCAACCGACAGUACCCGCAGAAAGGGUGGAAGAAGGGGAAGGAGGCUUUGAGUUCUUUCUGGCCUCAGCCAGUGGAUCACUCUAUAUGCGAGGGGCUCAUCUUUAUAUUUAGCACUCUCUGUGUGUUGUUUUGUUUAGUAGACUGAAAAAGAGAUCUUGGUUACUAUAUGCAUUGUUGUUUUCUCAAAUCUUUACACAUUUAUGUUCCUGUUACUGACCAUCAAAUAUUCAAAAGAUUUGGUUGAAGUA